AUGAGGCGAGUGGUACGACAAAGCAAGUUUCGGCAUGUAUUUGGACAAGCAGUGAAAAAUGACCAGUGUUACGAUGACAUCCGGGUUUCUCGAGUGACCUGGGAUAGUUCCUUCUGCGCCGUCAAUCCCAGGUUUGUUGCCAUAAUCAUAGAAGCGAGUGGGGGAGGAGCAUUCCUCGUUCUUCCUUUGCACAAGACCGGUCGAAUUGACAAAUCCUACCCUACGGUAUGUGGCCACACAGGACCAGUGCUCGACAUAGACUGGUGCCCACACAAUGAUCAGGUCAUUGCCAGUGGUUCAGAGGACUGCACAGUUAUGGUGUGGCAGAUCCCAGAAAAUGGACUCACCCUUUCCCUGACUGAGCCUGUGGUGAUUUUAGAAGGCCACUCAAAGAGGGUUGGCAUCGUGGCCUGGCAUCCGACAGCCCGCAACGUGCUUCUUAGUGCAGGCUGUGAUAAUGCCAUCAUCAUCUGGAAUGUGGGGACAGGAGAAGCCCUUAUAAACUUGGAUGAUAUGCAUUCAGACAUGAUUUACAAUGUCAGCUGGAACCGGAACGGCAGUCUGAUCUGCACGGCUUCCAAAGACAAGAAAGUGAGAGUCAUCGAUCCUAGGAAACAGGAGAUUGUUGCUGAGAAGGAGAAAGCACAUGAAGGAGCAAGGCCCAUGAGAGCCAUCUUUCUGGCUGAUGGGAAUGUCUUUACCACUGGCUUUAGUCGCAUGAGUGAACGGCAGCUGGCUCUCUGGAAUCCGAAAAAUAUGCAAGAACCAAUUGCUCUUCAUGAAAUGGACACUAGCAAUGGGGUAUUGCUGCCGUUCUAUGACCCGGACACCAGUAUCAUUUACUUAUGUGGGAAGGGUGACAGCAGUAUCCGCUAUUUUGAGAUCACAGAUGAAUCCCCAUAUGUCCACUACCUCAACACAUUCAGCAGCAAGGAGCCUCAGAGAGGAAUGGGCUACAUGCCCAAGAGGGGACUUGAUGUUAACAAAUGUGAGAUUGCCAGAUUCUUCAAACUUCAUGAGAGAAAGUGUGAGCCUAUUAUCAUGACUGUUCCCAGGAAGUCUGACCUUUUCCAAGAUGACCUGUAUCCUGACACGGCGGGGCCCGAAGCAGCACUGGAGGCAGAAGAGUGGUUCGAGGGGAAGAAUGCAGAUCCAAUCCUCAUCUCCUUGAAGCAUGGAUACAUUCCAGGCAAAAACAGGGAUCUCAAGGUGGUCAAGAAGAACAUUCUGGACAGCAAGCCCACUACAAACAAGAAGUGUGACCUGAUCAACGUCCCCAAGAAAACCACAGACAUGGCCAGUGUGCAAAAUGAAGCGAAGUUGGAUGAGAUACUAAAAGAGAUCAAAUCUAUAAAAGACACAAUCUGCAAUCAAGACGAGCGUAUUUCCAAGUUGGAACAGCAGAUGGCGAAGAUAGCAGCCUGAAGGCCCACUGCACCACGGGAGCAAGGACUUGCGCUUGGUGGCUGGUUGCUGGUGUGGUCCCCGGGGGUGGCAAAGGGAGGCACUGCCAUUUGGAGACAUUCCAUUUCAGAUUUGUCAACCAGCGAUAGGCCACAUUCCAGUACGAACUCAGUUCGUCCCCCAAAUUUGCGGAAACAAAAUGUGAUUUAAAAGCUGAGCUUUUUUAUCAGAAAGUUUUUUUGAUGUUUUAAGUGUUACGUGACUUGUUGAACUUUUAAAAGACAAAAGUGCUACUUUUAAAAUCCCAGAUAUUCUGAAUUUUAGAACACCAACCAAUUCUGAUUCAGUGUCGUGCCCAAGUACCUUUUUUUUUUCUUUUUACAAACAGGGACCAAUGCCACACUGCUUUUUAUAUUUCUUUUUUUUUUAAUGUUGCCAAAACCAAAAGUAGCUUUUUUUUUUUUGUAUUUUUGCUACUUUGCAGUAUUUGUGGGGUUUUUUUUUCCUUAAUUUGAAAGGGACAGCACUGUGUAUGUUUAUAAACUAAAUGAAGAUAUUAUUUUGUAUAAACGUUCAUCUGAACAAUCAGAGCAGUGGCCACUACGUGCUGGCUCACUUGCAGCACAAACCCAGUCACCUUCAUGGCUGUACGAGAGGAAGACUUGAAAAUAUCACGCGGAUUCGUAUUACCACCCCCAUCAUUUCAUUGAGUCUUCUGAUCAAAAAAGCUCAUAGCGAGCGUAUCGUUUCCCAUCUUCCCUUUCUCUUUCCUAGAGAUUGCGUGGUUGUACCAGAAUGGAAUUUUGCUUCUUGGUUAUCCUGUGCUUCAGAUGAUUAUACUCUAACCGAAACUAGCAUGUGUUUCUGCAGUUCUGUUAUCCAUGGAGAACCUACUGCAUUCCUCACUUGAAACAUCAUGUUUCAGGUUUUGGUCAGUACUUGACAAGGGCGCCCCGGACAAAAAGCCCCACGUACUGUGGAGUGUUCCUUCCUGCCCAUUGCAGCAGCUUGCCUAGCCCUCGAGUACAGCAGGGGACUGCAGACCAGGGCACUUGGAGGGGAGUGUUUGCCCCAUGCGAUCCUCUGUUUUCCCGCGUCCCGUGCUGUGCUGGGGGCAGGGGUGGCUCGCCCUGCACCGCCAGAGCUCCUGCCCUCCCCUCUUCUCACCUCCGCUGCCACCUGUCUCAGGGCUUCCCCCAGCCAUUCCUUCUCUCCUUUCUGCCUUUCAGCCCUAACCACUCAGCUAAGAUGAGUGAGGCUGGGGUUGCUACUAAAUAUUGAGACUGAGGAGAAUAGUCUAGAAGGAGCAAGGCCAGGAGCACAGACCUGUGCUAUAGCUUUAAUGUGUACAAAUACAUCUCUCUGCACCCUCCAUGCAAACGCUUGCUCCACCCCUCCAGCUUACCCCAGGGCUGUGUCAAAGCACAGAGGCUCCCCAGACUCAGUGGGGCCAGAGGCUGAGCUCUGAUCACCCGUUUCAUUACUAGGUUAGCUAGAACUCUCCAUUUCCAUUUUCUCAUAUUGCAUGCUGGAGAAACAAGAUUUAAGGAGCCUUUGUUUUGGAAGGGCUGAGUGUCUGUGAUGGAACGUGAGACGUGUAGUGCCAUUGGGACCACGCUGGGGACUCGUGCACCUGCUUGUGCUGUAGGGAUGAGCUGGCUGGAAGCAUCUGUAUACAGGGAACAGGACAGAGGCAGUGUGGGGACGCUGGUUGGAAGGCACAGCCAAGCAGAGGUGAUGUCUGUGUAGGAAGGGCACUGCAUUUUUUCCCGAUAUUGGGAUUGCUGUCUCCACAAUUUCAGGGCCUCAGAAUGUUUGGUGUGGUUGUGUGUGUGUGUAUGUGUAUGUUUUUAAUAUUGAAGUGGAUAAUGAGAUGUAAAGACAAUAAUUACAGUGACUUAUAUUCAAACCUGUAUGUGUUUCUUUAUCAAUGUAAUCUGCUGAGGACCUUCAUUUUUAAGAUCCAGGAAUGCUUUAAGGUUCUGAUAUCAAAUUAAUUAAGUAAACAAAAUUGUUAUUGAUGGUGAUGAAGCACCACAGGGCAUGUGGUUCCAAGAGAAGAGGGAGGGCAAGGAAAAGUUUUUCUGGUCUUAGUGUGUAGCUUAUGACUUAUUUAAUGAGCAGAUGCCCCGCCAGGCUCAGAGUUGCCGCCUGAAGCUUUGUGGAUUACUUUUCCUGUUUUGUCUUUUUUUUUUUUUUAGCCAUGCUAUCCCAGAGGAGAACCAGUGAAUUUACUCCUAGAUCGGCUCUUAUAGAGCGACCAUAGUAUUCUGUCAAAACACUUGCUUCCAUUUUCAAAGAUAAAAAAUCAUUGAUUACAGAA